CCCGCUUGCACAGUCAGACGUGUGGUCCAAGUCCUCAGACACUGGUGGAGUUUCACUUGGUUCUUAUUUCCUGAGAAGGCUGACUGCUGCACACUUUGAUGCUGUGGGAGUCAUUUGACCUUCUGGGCGGAUAUCCAUGUUUUGGAGUUUUUGGAUCGACUGCAUGAACUUGUGGACAUUUAGCAGCUCUUUGACGAGACAAGAAAGCCGUUAAGAUGAGCACCGAUGCGCAUUCACAUCUGGGACUGCAGAAACCCCCCAUGAGUUUUGUCAGCGACUUCGACUUGAUGAAGUUCGGGGUCAAAAAGGAGACGAUGCAAGCGAUAGAACGCUCCCUCAUCGGGCCAUGCGGCCAGCUCCACAGACCGGACUCGGUGUCUUCCACCCCUGGCAGCACACCCGGUAACUCUGUACCCUCGUCACCGAACCUCCCGCCAAACGAGCUACGUAACAACCCAGAGGGUGACCCCUUUUGGAUACCCAACAACGGGGCUUACCCUCACCAAAUGUACCCCCAAGCGUUUGGGCUCACGCCCGAGGACGCGGUGGAGGCCCUCAUCGGGGCCACGACGCAGCAGGGACAUCCCCCGGCGCCUCACAGCCACCACCAGCCGCCUUUCCCCGUUGAGUACGAAACCUACAACCAGCUCAGCGAGACGGCACACCACUACUCGGAGCUCUCUGCCCCCCCAGAUAUGCUCCCGAGCAGCCACUGCCAAGACCCCUAUCUGAAGAAUGACAUGCGGAGCGCGUCCCCUCAGUCCCCGGACGAGCAGCUCGAGGCCACCGGUGUGGGCCACCAUCACCACCACCACCUCCUGCAGGGGCAGCACAGGCGAGCCAACGCCGACGUGAACUUCUCCGACGACCAGCUGGUGUCCAUGUCGGUCAGGGAGCUCAAUCGGCUCCUCAGGGGCCUCAGCAAGGACGAAGUCAUGCGUCUCAAGCAGAAGCGGCGAACCCUGAAAAACCGAGGCUACGCACAGUCGUGCCGCUUCAAGCGCGUCCAGCAGAAGCACAUCUUGGAGCACGAAAAGACCAGCCUGGUGUCCCAGGUGGAGCAGCUCAAACACGAACUGAACAGACUUAUCCGGGAGAGAGAUGCGUACAAACUGAAAUGCGAGAAGCUGUCUGGUGCAAACUGUUACCACGAAACCGGGUCCACCAGCGACAACCCUUCCUCGCCAGAGUAUUUAAUGUGAGAUGCGCUGAUUUUCCCAGAGAACUGAUUCUUAUCAAUAACCAGCAGUCCACUUUGCUCUUAAACAAUCAGUCCCGUGGAUGGAUUCUCCACACUGAAUUCAAGUUGUGGGACUCUGAGAUCCCACGUAAAAGUAAGAGAUAGAAAGAUUCAACAAGUUCUGAAUGAGAAGAUCCCAAUAAAGCAUGCAUGCAGGACAUGUGUGACAGCUUCUGUUUGAAAUCACAUCCUCUGCAAAUGAUUCCUAUUCCUGUUAUUUCUUUGAAUCCAUUUUGCUGAUUUGGCUUUGUUUUUUUUUUUCUUACCAGUUUCUGUUCUUGCUUCUUUGAAACAUUGACCAGAAUAACCGUGCCAGUUUUGUUAUCACUAUCGAGCUGAGCUGAGCUUCUGCUGGACAGAUGUCUUCUUGACUUGCUUGUCUUUUUUUAGGAAACGACAAUUAUGCAAAAUGUUGUUUUUUUUGGUGUGUUUUUCAUCAACUAUGGAUCAAUAAACCUCUUGUGACUUUUUCAA